ACUCCUCCUCCUCCUCCGGUGAGCGGGGCGGCCGCGGGCAGCAUGUUGCAGGUGGCGCUGCCGCUGGAGCGCGAGCGGGACGGGGCGCUGCUGCGGGUGCGCUUCACCACGCUGGCCGUGGGGACGGUGUGCUGCCCGCUGGCCGGGUUCCUCUUCUGCGUGGGCUGGGCGCUGCUCUUCCACUUCCAAGAGGCCACGGCCACGCACUGCCGCGUGCCCAACUACCUGCCCUCCCUGAGCGCCGCCAUCGGGGGCGCGACGCCCGAGCGCUACGUCUGGCGGCUCUGCAUCGCGCUGCACUCGGCGCCGCGGCUGCUGGUGGCCGCCGUCUACUGGCGCCACUACCGCGCGCGCCCCUGCCCGCACCCGCGCUACCCGCGCCUCUGCCACGCCGCCCUGGCGCUCAACCUGCUGGAGAACCUGGCGCUGCUGCUGCUCACCUACGUCUCCUCCUCCGAGAACAGAGGAGCGCACGUCCUACCGGUGGAAGUGGUGGCUCUUCCUGUUCAACCUGCUUGCCUUCUUGGUGGCCCUGUGCUUCUACUUCCGUCACAACUGGUACUGCGAGGCUGGAGUGUACACAGCCUUCGCCUUCCUGGAGUACCUGGUGGUCCUGUCCAACAUGGCCUUCCACAUGACAGCCUGGUGGGACUUUGGGAACAAGGAGCUGGUGGUCAGCUCCCAGCUGGAGAAGUGCUUCUAGCGGAGACCGCCCUGGGCCGGCCGGAGGAGCCUCGCAACGGGCGCUGGCUUGCUGCCGGAGGGGCGCUUUCCGGAGAGGGGGCUUUGUGGUGGCCCCGGGGAUCCAGCCUUCUCCCAGGGAAGAGACAUUCUGCGCUGGAGGAGGGAAGGACCCCCAGGAAAGGACUCCCCCCCCCCGCCGCCCACUUGCUUCUGGUGAGGGAAGGGCGGGGGGCAUCGGAGCCUGGCCUCCGAGGGACGUCUGGAGGCCUGCAAAAGCUGCUGCUGCCCACAACCCAGGAGAGCCCCGGGGGGCCUCAGCCUUCCCCAGGACGAUGGGGGAGGGGCUCCCCAUUCUCCCUCUCCGUUGGAGCUGUGGCAGCUGACCACCUUCAGCCCCAGGUUUCCCCUGUUGGGAUUUUCUGUGUCCAGAAGGCUCUUGCCCAGCUGGGCCACAGGGGCCAAAGCGAAUGUGUGUGAGGGGCAGAAUUCUUGAGAUGCCCCCUUCCCGCCUCCCUCCUCAGAUCUUGGCUUUCGCACGGAUAUCCCACUCGCCCCCCCGCCCCCCAGCCAGGGGAAGGGACCCCCGCUGCGUGUUGACAGCAUUAGCCCUUCCUGCUUUUGCUCCUUCCAUCCUUGGACUUGGAGUUCCAGAAGAGUUUUCCAAGUGUCGUCCAUCCCCACAGCCCCGCCCACGAU